AUAAAAAAUGAGUUACCAGAACUUUUAAUAUAAACCAUGAAACUAAAAUAUAACAUUGGAACUUUUCUAAACCAAUAAUGCUAUUAUUUAUAUUCAGGCAAUCCAAGAGAUAAUUUUGUGAUACAGAUUCCGAGUAGUCUUACAGUUAUUACCGGUACAACCUACAGAAUAUAUAUCGAUGUGUCUUCACCAAAUAACCUAAAGUAUGGCGAAACAAUCGUUAAUGUUUAUCUACGAAGUCAAGCGAGGGAUUCCAUUCUUGUUCAAACUGACAAAGGAGUGUAUAAGGCAGGGCAGUCGGUUCAGUUUAGAGUGAUGAUUGUCAACCGGAAAAGAGAGCUGGAAGUGAGACCAAUGACAAUCGAUAUUCUUGACGGAGAUAAAACUCGCAUAAGGAGAUGGGCCAAUGUAAGUGACAAUAGUGGCGUAUUUGUUGGAAAAAUGGAAAUGUCUGAAUACCCUGUGCUUGGAACAUGGACUAUCAAUGUAAAAAGUGAGGGUCUUUCCAAGAGCCAAGAGUUUGAUGUCAAGGAAUACGAAUUACCAAAGUUUGAUAUAACUGUUGAGAUGCCACAAAUUAUCUCGUCCAAUGACAUAAAUUUAGAAGGAAACGUAUCCUCAAAGUACACAUUUGGAAAAGGUGUCACUGGGAGUUUAGAGUUCACAUUGUCGUACCUAUCUAGAGCACUUACUAAAAUAUACAAGUUAGACAAUGGUGAAGUUAAUAUAAAAAUACCUACAUCUGAUAUAUAUGAAGUUCUCCGUUUCAGUCUAUCUUCCUAUUACAGUAUAUACACAGUACAAGCAACAGCUACUGUUACAGAAGAUAUCACAGGUAGCACAGGAGAAGAUAGUACAGACAUUAAGUUCACGAAGUUUAAUGUAGAUUUAAAACUAGACAAUCCAACUGCUUUCCUCCCAGGCCAACCGUUCGAAAUAAAGGGUCGGGUAUUAAACAAGCUUGGAUCUGCAUAUGAUGGGGAGGCCUCUGAUUUUUACAUCAUUCGAUUAACAGUAGAAUAUAAAAGUCAGGGUUCAUACACGCUUAACAAAUGGAUAAGUGAUACCCAUUUACCUAUAGACAGUAAAAACCAAUUCGGCUUCUCGUUAGAUGGAAACUUAAUUACAAAUCAAACAACUUAUAUAAAAGUGAAGACCCAGCUUCUCACGAGAGCGUCUGGAGUAUAUAUUAGAACACUUUAUACACAUGCAUAUCCGACUAAAUCUGCAGAUGGAAGUAUGCUGUAUAUAAAACAGAUGUCAGGCACAAAUCCUUUGAAUGUUGGAGACAGGGCAACAUAUAGAGUAAGCAUGACUGGACCUGGAACAGAAAAAGCAACAUACAAAGUAAUGUCAAAAGGUGUGGUUAUAAAAAGUGGUCCCUGGUUUCUAAUUUCGGAAGACAGGCCGUAUGAUUUUGAUGUACAAGCAACGUCAAGUAUGAUUCCUUCAAUCGCGGUGUUGUGUUGGUUUACUCUUCCAAAUGAUCGUAUAAAAACUGAGGGUUCGCGUGACAAUGUUGCGGCCAGUGGUGUGACUACAGCAGUUAAAGACAAUGCCUUGGAUAAGGAAACUAGCAUUGCGUUUGAUCAGGAAACACAACGACCGGGAACCGACGCAAGAAUAGACCUUAUGUCAACACCAAGAUCCUCAUUUUACGUCCUUGCUGUAGAUAAAAGUAUUCUUAUUUUAGACGAGGGAAACGACAUAACAGAGGCAGUAUUACCAAGUUUGUAUGAUCCUCUGUUGACCAACAUUAAGUUUAGCAGUAGUAGGUCUGCCUACGAAUUUCUAAGCAGCGUAGCACUUUCUGGAUUACAAUUCACAGGAUCUCAAUUUUCUAGUAGUUCUUUAGCUGAAUUAACUACCACCACGACAGUCGAACCGAAAUCAACUAUGCGAUCUAAACUUGAAACUGUAAGAAAGAAAUUUCCGGACACAUGGUUAUUUCUCAAUGUUUCAGCCGACUCAAAUGGUAAAGCAAGUAUUGUGAAGAAGGUACCUGAUACAAUAACCACGUGGGUUGCAAGCUGUUUUACAGUCAGUGCUGAAUCAAAAAUAAGUGUAGCCACAAAAAAUGCUGAAGUGAUGGUCACGUUAAAGAAAAGUUCUCAGUUUCGUGGCCUUGCGGUCGUGAAACGCGGCAAACGAACGGUUUUAGAAGAACGAUGUGGAAGUGUUGCAAAAGCUGGUCGAGGAACAGCCGCCUUUUUUCCAAUAAUUCCAACGGUUAUUGGGGAAAUAAAGAUAACCAUUACAGCCACAUCAUCAGUAUUUCAAGAUACUGUUAUCAAAACUCUAAGAGUAGAGAGUGAAGGGGCACCGAGAGGCAUUGCAUUCCCAAUAUUCAUAGAUUUGUCAGAGAAAACAACGUUCGAAACACGUUUAGAUUUAAACUAUCCACCCAACACAGUCGAGGGCUCACAAAGAAUGAGGAUCUCUUUGAUAGGUGACAUAAUGGGCCCAACAUUAGAUGGCUUAGAAAGACUUGUAAUAAUGCCAUACGGAUGUGGGGAACAAAAUAUGAUCAGUACAGCUCCUUCUGUAUUUGUGUACAGAUAUCUAUUGUCAGUAGGGAAGCUCACAAAUGAGAUAAAGGAAAAGGCUGAAAAUUUCAUGAGAAAGGGUAUGCAGCGGCAGUUGACAUAUCGGCAUCCUGAUUGGUCAUUUAGUGCUUGGGGAGGAUCGGGCUCCGGAAGUACUUGGUUGACUGCCUUUGUGCUUAAAGUGUUUUCAAUUGCAUCUAACUACGUAGAAAUAGAUUCUAGUUUGAUAACAGGGUCAGCAAAUUUCCUG